UGUUAUCUUCUUCUCUCUCUCGCUCACAUUCGCAUUUUGGAUAUAGCUAGUAGUAAUUCUAGGAUUAAAAAACUUUGGUGUUUGUGAUGGCGAAUGGUGCGGAAGAGAGGGGGAGCCUGGUGAUGGAGGAUGGUUCUGCAAUGUUUAGCGAGGAAGAGGUGAGCGAGAUAUCUGGGUUCAAGCGUGGCGGCGAUGAUCACGUGGAGGUCACGUGCGGAUGCACUAGCCACUGCUAUGGUGACGCCGUUGGCACGCUUAGGGUCUUCGCUAGCGGUGAUCUCGAAAUCAGCUGCGAUUGUACCCCUGGUUGUCAGGAAGACAAGCUGACCCCAGCUGCUUUUGAGAAGCAUUCUGGUAGAGAAACAGCCAGGAAAUGGAAGAAUAACAUUUGGGUCAUUGUUGAUGGAGAGAAGGUUCCUUUGUCAAAAACUGCACUCCUCAAGUACUACAACCAAGCUUUGAGGAAAACAUCCAAUAGAUCCCAAACUGGCCGAGUUUGUCAUCGAGACGAGUUUCUUAGAUGCACGCAAUGCAAUAAGCUCCGCAGGUUCCGUCUCCGCACAAAAGAGGAAUGCCGGGCUUACCAUGAUGCUUUUAUUAAUGAUCAUUGGAAGUGCUCCGAUAUGCCUUACGAUAAAAUAACGUGUGAAGAGGAAGAGGAACGUGCAAGCAGGAGAGUGUACAGAGGGUGUUUGCGGUCGACAACAUGCAAAGGUUGCACAUCUUGUGUUUGUUUCGGUUGUGAUACCUGUCGUUUUUCCGACUGCCGCUGUCAGACGUGCAUUGACUUCACCAGGAACACCAAACCUUAACAGCUGUCUAAAUCGGUUUUAACCUUGACCUUAAUUUGCAUUUCUAGCAGAACUAUCAAAUGUUUUCGAGUUUAUGUACUUUGAAACACAGAUUGACGUGUUCGAUUUUGGGUGCUGAUGCACAUUUUGGCUAAUAAUCACCAACUCAUCUUACGAUGCUCA